AUGGCCCCCAGAUCAGUUAUCGGUUGUAAAGCAGCUUGUACACUAUCUUGUCGCCACAGGAGCCGCGCGGGGGCGUCGCUGGACGACCGCUUUACGACCUCGGAUGACGCAGGCGGCGUGCGGCUCACCGUCUCCGCCGCCCGCACCGGGGACAGUGGCGUGUACACGCUACAAGCCAGAAACGCCGCCGGGCGUGAUGCGGCCCGGGUGCGGCUCGAGGUGGCGGCGGAGGAGACACCCACGGGAGAGGACCCGCCCACCUUCCUGCGCCGCCUGCAGGACCUCACCGUAAAGGUCGGCACUAGGACCCGGUUCCUCGUCGAAAUCGUCAGCUCUACAGAAUGCAAGGUGACGUGGUACCGCAACGAGCGGCGCCUGAUGGAGGCAGAGCGGGUUGCGCUGGUGCGGGACGGCAACUUCUGGUGCGCCGACCUGGCGGCCGUGAGUGUCGACGACGCGGGCCGCUGGACCUGCUCAGCGGAAAACGCGGGCGGCCGGGCCAGCUGCUCCGCGCACCUCAACGUGCUAGUGCCGAAGGCAUACAAACGACCAGAAUUCGUCGAGGAGUUAAGAGCGCUACUCACUGAGCAAGGCACAGUCUCCCUGGAGUGCAAAGUAGUGGGAGUCCCUACACCAGUGUUGCGCUGGUUCAAGGACAGUCGAGAGAUAAAAGCAGGUGACGUUUUCGCGCUGACUGCCAGCGCGGAGGACCCCACAUCCCUGGGGACAUACACAUGCGAGGCGGUCAACUGCAUGGGCCGCGCCUACUCCUCAUCCAAGGUCCACGUAGUUGGUCGCGCCAGCAAGGAGAGAACGACUGCUAGCGGCAUCGCACCAGAGCCGCCGCCGAUCUUCACGAAGGAGUUGGAGGACCAGUUCGUGAGGAUCUGCGAGCCGCUGACCCUCAGCUGCAGCAUCAUGGUGCCGCCGUGGCCGCGCAGCGUCGUCUGGUACAACAAAGAGGGGAAACUGGAACCCGGAGAGAGAUAUCACGUGGUGGAGGACGGUGUGGGAGGCUACUUAAUGGAGGUGCCUUCCGCCGAGUUUCCUGACGAGGGAGAAUGGAAGUGCGUCGCCACCAGCUCCGGCGGGAGGGUGGGCAUCUCCACUUGCUACGUCAGUAUGGAUGUCCCGAAAAACUACCGCAAGCCUCGCUUCAUGGAGAACCUACAGGCUGUACUGACUGAGGAGGGGCUGGUGUCCUUUGAGUGUAAGGUAGUGGGAUUCCCCACACCCGUGCUUAGCUGGUUCAAAGACGGUCAGGAGCUGAAACCAGGAGAUGUGUACCAGUUGACUGGAACCAACUCUCUGGGAUCAUACUGCUGCAUCGCUCGCAACUGCAUGGGCCAGGCUAGUAGCUCCGCAGAGCUCACAGUUGAAGAUAUCCAGAACCAGCUUAAUGAAGAGGAGAAACUGCAGCUGUUUUCUAAAAACCAAGCACCGAAAUUCAUACAGGGUCUGAAAAGUGUCGAAGCUAAGAUUGAUGAACCAUUCCGUUUUACUGUUAAAGUCGCUAUUCCGCCUGAGCCAUCGGUCCUCUGGUACAGAGACGAUCAGCCCGUAGAUGAGUCGAACCGCUGCCACUUAGUCAAAGAGGAGCAUGGAGUAUUUUAUCUUGACAUCCAAGCACUGGAGCUGCUAGACCAGGCUGAGUGGAAAUGCGUCGCCAUGAAUGACUUUGGCCACAGCGUCACUUCAUGUUUCCUCAAACUCAUCAUACCACGACAUUACAAAAAACCGCGAUUCUUGGAAAACUUACAAGCUAUUCUCUCUGACGAAGGUGCUGUUAACUUAGAAUGUAAAGUCAUAGGCGUGCCACAACCCGUGCUCAAAUGGUACAAAGAUGGAGAAGAAUUAAAACCUGGUGACAUUCAUCGAAUCAUAUCAGGACAAGAUGGAACGUGCUGUCUCGGAACUUACACAUGUGAAGCUCAAAACUGCAUGGGCAUUGCGGCUAGUUCGGCUUCUCUGCUUGGAUUUGAUGAUUCGAUGAAAGCCAAGAACAAAAAGAAAGCAGAAGAACAAGCUUUACAAAGAAAUCUAUCUCUUAGCACUAUUCACGAAGAAAGAACUUCGCAAAUGUAUGAUACGCCUGUUGGUGAUAUCACACUAGACGACAAAGGAGAAAUUUCAUUUUCUUUCGAUGGCAAGGAAGUGUCGGUUUCAUUAUACGAAACACCCGAUUUAACUGAAGAAGAAGCAUUACAAAUAGUGGAAAUGUACGCUGAUCAAUUAUCUGAAAAUGUCACUGAGCACAACGUCGUUGAAUUGCCUCCACUAAGAUUUGUAAAGGAGACGUCUACUUCCGGAAACUUGUUAAUGGAAGCUAUUAUUAUUGAUGUAUCUCCAGAAUACUUUGCUUCCCCCGAAGAAGACUUACGGACAGAAGCAGAUGUUGAAGAUCUCUCUAUUGCUGAUGAAAACGGUAUUCCACAGUUAUCUUUAGAUCCAGAUUUAGGUGGUGAGGAUUAUUUAGAAAAAACUAUGGCAUUAUUAUCAGAUGAAAAAUCUGACAUGCCCAAAAAAAUGCUGAGGAAAAAGUCGGAUUCACAAAGAAGUGGUGAUGAUUUCUACAGCUUUUCACGUGAUCAGUCUCUUUCAGAGGAGAAAAGAGACGAUGACACUCAAGUCUUAUCAGAGAGUGAAUUACAAAGCUUCGCUAGUGCACGGAGCUUGGACAAGCCAAAGUCCAAAUCAUCAAAACCUUCUCCAGAGGAAGGGCUAGAGUCAUCUGAUGUUACUAAAACUAUAGUGCAUAAAGAAGAACCUGCUAAGAAAACUGAUAAAGGAACUCCUAUUGCCAAAUCCAGGAGAGAACGAAGGAGCAGCCGUAGCUCAAGGCGAUCCAGUUCUGGAAGUGAAAAAUCCUUAAGCAAAUCAGUAGAUGAGUCCAUACCACCCCAAGUUCAAGUUGAUCUAGAAACACAACCCAAAAAUAUUACUUUAUCUGACGAAGAAUUUAGAGAAAAAAUUACUACUAUUAGUACAUCUCUAGCGAAAAUAAUAAAUGAUGUUCAAAUAAUUGAAAGAGAUAUUAUACUAAAAUCAGAACUAAUGUCAUCCGCUGCCACUGCAUCGAGGAGCUUGGAAAUUAUAAGUAGCUUAAUUAAACCCCUAUCCGAAAUACAAAGUAUUGCUGACGUUGUAAAAGAAUCACCAUUAGAAUCUAAAGAAGUUAGCCGCACACUUUUCAAUAAUCUAACACAUUCCUUAAAACCAUUACACCAGUCAUUAACGAUUGUUGAAAAAUGUAUAGAUGUAGAAAGUGAUAACAAGACACUUGUUAAGAAAACAUGUGUUGCAUUUAUAGAAACUUGUGGUGAAGAAAUGAAAAAGUGGAUGAACGCGAUCAAAGUUAUGAUUGAGUGGGAAUACACUAUUAGUGAACAAAAAAAUAUUUCAGAAAUGAAUUCGUUAGUGAAUGAAAUGAAUGCAGCAAUUAGAUUCUCAGCUGACACAAUAAAAGCCAGAAACUUGCUGAGUGAAGCCAGUGAGAUUAAAAUAGAAGAACCUACUCUAGAAACUAAACAUUUAAAGGAUACACAAAAAGCGGUAUUUGAAUUAAAGAUUCCACUGAAUUCUUUGUUAUACAUUGUAGAUACUGCGGAUAGCUCUCAACUCACAAAUGUUUGUAGAAUAAAAAGUGGUAAAGUGAUAUUAAAUGAUAUGUCAGCUUCGAUUCAAGACCUUCAAGUGGCAUUAGAGAAUAUUGAAUCUUUAUCCGUUAAGGAAUCAACAGCAAAUAUAUGUAAAUAUAAUACAGGAAUAAUUGAAACUGUUAUGGAAUCGGUCUUGAAAUUAAGAAAUUCUUUUGAAAAGUUGUCUACUGAAACUAAAAAUGAAGAAGAUAAGGAAUUAUUGAAAGAUGUUUUGAUAUCUAUUAAAAACAAUUUGAGGGAAAUAUCAUCUCAAAUUCAAACUACUGAAAAUAAUGUCGGAUCCUAUGAAAUCCUACAGAGUGAUAAUAAACUAGAAGUCCUGCAAAAGAUGGCUCAAAUUUUGAUAUCAUUAGAAAAUAAUAUACCACUAUUGAAUACAAUGCCUGAUGUUAGAACUAAUUUUGACCUUUUGCAUAAAAACCUAACAAAAGUUCUAGAAAAUGUUAUUGAGUGUAAUGAAGCUAAGAAAUACUUCACUUUUAUGGAAAUUUGCCAAGCCGUCAACAGACUCAAUACAUCAAUAUUAAACAUUAAUUCCGACCACACAUUGUAUUUAUCUAGUAUAAGUAACACAUUAAGAAUCAUUCAACAGACGUUUAUUAAUAACGUAUUUGAAUCAGAACUCAAUUGUGCCAUUUUGACAAAUAUUGCAGAUGUGCAAUUGAGUUUGCAAGAAGUAUUAAACCAUGCUGAUGAAAUCAGUAUGCAAUUAGAUUCCGAGCAUGUUCAAGAUAUUUCAACUGGUGUUUACGAAGCAAGUACAGCAAACAUAAUUAUAGAACAUAUUAAUCAGACGAUAGCAACAAUAAAUACUGUAAAAACAAUUGAUUCGACGCAAGAAAUAAAAAUGUCACUUCUUCCCGUAUUGGAGAACAUUUGCCCUAUAUUGGAAGACCUAAAACGAAAUAUUGCCUGUAUGAGGCCAAUCGAUAUUCUCGAAAGUGAACAUCUUUCUGAAAAUUCUGGUAGUUCUUUUGUCAAAACUUUAGCGAACCCUCUCCUGGAGUUAAAUCAAAAUAUUCUGACGUUGAAUCAAGUUAUUGCUGAAAAUACAGCUAGCCUGAAAGAAAAUACCGAAAUCGUAUCUGCGAUUGCAGAACCGCUUCACGAGUUAAACACUACCUUACAAAUUAUACAACACGAUGUUAUUUCACAACUUGGUGAAAAUAUUGAACCCUAUGACGUCAGUAUUAACAUGGUUAGUGCGGUCCAAAAUCUUCAGAGUUGUAUUGUUAUGAUAGAAGAACAAAACCCAGUUGAAUGCAUAGAUGAAAUGUCGACUUUAGAAGAUAUAUCUGGUAUAAAAACUACUGCAGAAACUAUACCUUCCGACCGCUUGGUUUUACCAAUAGCAAAAGAAAUUGAUUUACAACAAGCAGUUCAACCCUUAGACCAAGAACCAGUUUUAUCAGCAACAGCAAAAACUUUACAAACAUUAAAUGAACACAUCGAAGUACUCCAAAAUCCUGAAGUGUUAGAUGCCCUUGAUACUUUGUCUGAAGUGAGUGACUAUUCUAGUCUUAAAUCAGUUGCUUUAGGUUUGGGAGAGUUACACUCGGGCCUAGAAGAAAUAUUGCAUCCACUAAUUAUGGAAAGUUAUAAUGUUGUGCAAAAUUUAGUAAAUACUAGUAAGUUAACAGUGAUUGCAGAGCCCAUGCAAUUGCUUCAUCAAAGUUUAUCAGUGUUAGAUGUAAAUAACAUUCCAAUUUAUGAAGAUAUUUUAGAAAUACCUGCUGAAAGGAUAAGUACACUUAUGAUUAGCAUUUUUAAAUUUAAAGAAUAUUUAAAUGAAUGUUUAAAAGUGGUGUUUCCAGCUAUGGAGACCGCAGAUAAAACUAUAGAAAUAUCUAAUAAAGUUGAGACAUUAAGAGAGGGCUGUGAACAUCUUAAAGAUAUCUUAAAUGAGACCAAAUCUAUAUCUACUGAAACUGCUUUUAUUGAAGAAAUACAAAUUCUUGAACACACUGUUAACAAUUUACUUAACGCUACCGAUGUUUCAAAAGGAAUUCAAAUUAAUAAAGUUAAAACCGUUAUAGAAGACUUAUAUGAAAAUGUUAUGGCUAUUCAAGAAGAUCUAAUACAAUAUACUCCAUUUACUCCUGAAAAAUUUGCUGAUGAAGCAAAAUUAGUAAGAAUUGUAGAUGAAAUAGAAAAAAGCAUAGCUGUUUUAGAACAAUAUGACUUUGUUGACUUAUCUCAUGUAUCAUAUUUAACAUCUUGUACAACGCCGCAAUUGGCUUCUGAAAUAGAAUCAGACUCGUUAAAACAAAUGAACGACAUUAUUCAAAGUGUUGUAGAUGUUGUUCAAGAUUCGGUUCAGUUUACAUCUGUGGCUGAUCUAAUGAUCUUAGAAGACUUUUUCACAACUUGUAAAAAUGAGUUUGCCAUUUUGCAACACCUCGUAACUAAAUCCUUAAGCCAUAAAAAAAUUAUACGACUUAUACAAGAAUUCGGAUUUCUGCAAAAUCUCGUCAAAGAAUUUCAAACCAAAAGACAUGAAUUGCAAUUUUCUGAAGAUAUUAACAAAUAUUUGACAACAUUUUUCUUAGAAACAGACGACAACCUUGGAAAUGUACAGAAACUAAUUCUUAAACUCAUAGAUUCUCAAUCCGAUUUAUUGGUUAAUCGUCCAAAUGAGAAAGUUGAGGCUGUAGGAAUGUUUUUUAGAGAUACUUUAAACAAAAGUAUGGUUAAAUCAGAUACUUUCAAAGAAGUGAUCGGGAAAUUUGUCGAAGUAAUUGAUUUUGUUCACCCGAAAUUAAAAAAUCUUCAAGAAAAUAUUAUAAAUGAAAUAACAGAUCCUUUAACGGUAACGCACAGUGAUGAAUCUUUAUUAUUUGAAAAGAUGGAAAAUCUCUUACGCUUAGUUGAAAUAAAUUCUUCAUUAGGUUAUUUGGAUGAAACGGAAAAAGAAAUGCUCACAAGAGUUCAAAAAUGCUUACAAAAGCAUCAGAUUUACAAGGACGCUUUAGGAUCGGGAAAAUAUUUGAUUUUAUCGAAAUGUCUAUCUGAUUGUGGAACUUUGCUGCACAGUUUUAUCAUAGAUAAAAAUGAUUCAGUAAUUGCUAUUAAAAUGAAAGAUGACAAUAAUACCCUCAAAGCAGUCCUAAAUGAAAUGAUCGAACCACUUCAAGCACUUCGAGGAGAACUUUUAAGUAUACAAGAAAAAGUUUUUUCUAAUGCUGAAGAUGAUUCGGUUUCUGUAGAUAUAGGAACGUCUGAGUCUAUAGUAGAAACUAUGUCUGAUAUACACAAACAAUUCAGAGAACAAAUUGAAUCUUCUGAGACUGUUAUUGAUAUCGAAAAUAUUUCGUUAAUGAUGGAAGCAGAUAAGGAAAUACAUAUGAUACAGGAAAGUUUAAAAUCAAUGGACGAUUUACCUGCUUUGCAAGAGUGGAAAGAAAUUACCAAGUCCAUUGACGACGUAGAAAAAUCAUUACAUACUGUACUGACAAAAGACAAUGAUCAAAUAGACACUAACGAGAAUCUGCCUAAAGAACAAAGCCCGCAAAUUAUCCAUCAUAUAGAUCAGCUUAUAGAACUUUUGGAAACUCUUGACAAAACUAAUGUCAUUGCGAAAAUCGCUGAACUAAAAGGCCUUUACAAAGAAUCACUUAUCAAUGCACAAGAGCUACUAGAAAGUAUAACAAAUCAACAACAGACAAGUGAGAAAGAGACUGAGCAAACAUCUUUAAAUUAUAAUGAUACUCAAGUGAAAUUGGCACAAAAAUUGCUAAAUUCUCUUUCAAUAUUGCAAGUUCAAACAAUAAAUGUUGCACCGGAAAUAGGCUCAGAGACAAACACCGAUACAGUCCAAAAAAUAAUUCAAGUCACGUCGUGCUUACAAAAUGAUUUAGCUUUUGCAACAAGUGCUCAAGUAGUGAAGAUUGAUAAUUUAGAUAAUACCAAACAAGAAUCUUCUCUUGAAUCAAUGGAAAGUACAGCUUCUGAACCUUCUUUAUUACUAAACAUUACAAACGAUAUCGAUAAAGAGUCGGAAACUCCAGUUGACUUUGAAAAUAAAGAAAGUCAGUCUGUGGGGGGUAAAACUAUUGUGCCAAACGCAGAUGUAUUAACCAGAUUAGAAAAAACAGCUGAUGAAAGUGUUAUAAAAGAAAAAAUAAUAAAACACCCUGCACAAGAAAUUCUUGAAAAUAGUAGUAAAAUUACACCUGCAGAACUGCUUCUUAAUAAAGAAGUUGACUUAUUGCUGGGUGAAAACAUGGAGCUGACACAAGACAUUUUAGGAAUAGAAUCUGUCAAUGAAUCGCUGAAUCAAGGAGUUUAUGUAUUAGGUGAUAUGAAGCAUCACAUAGAGCAAUUUAUAUCAGAUAAUAUUUUAGAAGCCAUUGAAAAAUUGUCGACUGUAUCAAAUGUUGAAGAACUCAUAAAAACUGUGAACAUCGCUAAGCAAUUAUAUGAAAAUAUUUCUGCCAUAGAGUUAGUGUCAACACAAGACCAAAGUGAAUUAGUUCAGCCUAUGCAGGUAAAACAGUUGCAACUAACACAAGAACUUAAAAACUUUCUUCCGGUGGCACAGGAACAAUUAAUUGAUAAUUUACAAAAUGUGAUUACCAUUGAUCAAAAUGCAUUACAUCAAGUUAGAAGCAGUUUAAAUAUUUUGCAAGAAUUUAUUAUUUCUGUACAAACUACUACGUCUGAUGAACAAGAGAUGGCAUCUAUUUUACAAUCGCCAGACAAAAUUCAAGAACAUGCAACAUCUACCGAACCAAUAGAAGCUAUAGUUACAGAAGAAGUUUCAAUUGUUAUGAAUGAAGAUAUCAGCAGUAAUGCUACCUCAAAAGAUAUGGAUGCUUAUCUAAUAGAUAAUAUAUACAUCGAAACCAAAGAAGUAAAUACCGACGAACAAGUAGCAGAAAUAGUUGAAAAAAUAUCUUACAGCGAUACUGCUACAGCGUUAAAUGCCAAAGAAAUAUUACUACCUGAAGUUCUUGAAAUAGUUCCUUGUGAUGUAACCAGUUCCACUCAAGAAUUCGCUAAUAUAGACAAUGAAAAUGUAGUAAUUUGUGAAAUGGAAGAGCUUGUUAACUUAGAAGCUGAUAGUUUUGAUGAUGCUGCUAAACUGGAAACUACACCAGUCUUCAAAAAUUCAGAAGAACAAAUGUCUAAGUUAGAGACACUCAAACAGGACAUCGAAACUUAUUCAUCUGUUGAUUUUACUCAAAUUUUAAAUGAUUUAUCUAAACACCUUAAUUUAGAUAAUAUUGAAGAGUCAUUGACUAUAGCAAAAGUGUUAAGCAAAAAUAUUACAGAGAUUUUAACAGAUCAUCGCUUGAUAGAAAAGGAUUGCUUAGUUCCGUACUCAAUCAAGAAAUAUAAUAAGCAUCGACUUCUAGUUCAAGAAUUGAAUAAAAAUCUGACGGUUCUCCAAAAUGAUUUAAAUAAAAAAGAAAACCAAGUUAUAUCAGUGUUUGGUAUGACUUUAUACAAAAAAAUUAUAGAAACUAUAGCUAGGUUAUGUAAAAACAGCGCUGAGAUUCUGACCAAUGCUAAUUCUGUUGAUAUGAAAGAUAAUAAUGUUUUGCAUGACCAACUAAAAGAAGAUAAGAUUCCUACAGAAUUAUUACAAGCAGAAGAUGUUCAUAGCAUUCAUAAAACUAUAUCCGGUAAUGAUAAAGUUCAACAAUUACCACCGGAAACAGCAAGAAAUGAGGGACAGCCAAAUGUUUCUACUGCAAAUAAAGAGCGAAGUAUUGAUAUUAAAAACCCUUCAGUGAUACAAGAAGAAAAUCAAAAACGCUUUGGAGAUGAACAUGAAAUUAUUUCAGCUAAAAUUACUUCUGACUCUCUUCUUCACAAAAGUGGACAAUAUGAAACUCAUACAGCCGAACCAAAAGAUAUUAGUACUAAUAUUGAGAAUUUACAAGAUGAUAAAGCAUAUUCAGGAAAUGCAGGAACAAAUGAAGAAACUAAAAAAACUGCUUAUAUUCAAACAAUAAAACAACAAGAUAAUGUUUUGGCAAUCACAAUACCUGCGCUCAUAAACGAUUUAGAUAGCUAUGAAUUUUCGGAAACAAUGUUUGAUAACAAACGUAUCGUUACUAGCAGUGCAGAGAUCACUGUACCGAUAGAAAUCAAAAUAAAUGAAAAUGUGCCAAUGACUACAAAACUCGAACAAAAUAUCAAUGACUGUAUGGAUAAUAGCUCCUUCGAAAUGAACGAACAAUGCCAGUAUCAAUUGGCAAAAACUGCGGACCUGGAAAAAAUUGAGCAGUUAACGAUAUCAGACUUGGAUACCGUAGAUAGCCAAAUAGAACAACUAAUAACAAAUGUGACGCAAAUAGAUGUUUUUUGCACAGAAAUCAGUAAUAAUAAUAUUAAUGAUAACAAGGAUGUGAUUGUUGUAGAAAUAUUAGAUAUAAAAGAAAAUGAUAGUGGUAAUGAAAAAUCUAAUAAAGAAAAAAACACAAAACUUAAUAUCUUAUGUAAAGUUCCAUCGGUUGAACAUGAAACAUAUGAAGAUAUUGAGGAAGGCAAUGCUUUUGUACCAGUCGAUGAAGUGACACAAACAACAAGAUUGAUAAGUGCCAAUGAACAAAGUAAAUUAGUUGUUAAUACAGAAAUACCGGAAAUUGUUGAACAAACUGAUAACUUGUCUUUACCAGAUUUAAUAGCUAGUGUAUCAACCCACCAAAUUGGAUUAGAUGAACACUCUGUGACAGAUUGUGCAAACAAUAUUGCUAGGAUAGAAAGUAAUGAAAUUGAUGAUAAUACAAAUGAGGUUAAUGCCAGUAUACAAACAGAACCAAGGUCAAGCGAAAAUAAAUGUUUUGUAAGAGAUGAAAACACACAAGAGAAUUUCUAUAUGAAUAAUGAUAUCGUACCUAAAAAAACAGAGGUUAAACACUCUGAAGCAGUCAUCACAGUUAAGGCGCCCACAGUUGUAGAACAAACUGAGUCUUUUGUUUCAACUGAUACCACAUCUAAUCAAGCUCCUGUGCUAGAUACAGCACAACAACAUACGACUUGCACCAUAAAUGAAAAUAUGAAUGAAGUCACUACCAGUGAUGUUGGCAUAUUACUAUCCAUAAAAGAAAACGAAAAUGUAAGCGAUGAGGUUGAUAGUAUUAAAACAGCCAUCACAGUUAAAGCACCCGCACUUAUUGAACAAUACGAAUCUCAUGUUUCACCUAAUACCAUACAUGAACAAGCUGAAUAUUUUGUACUAGAUACAGCACAAGUGCAUAACACUUGCACAAUUAACGAAAAUUUAAAUACUAAAGUAAUCGAUUCUACACAUUUUGACUUAAUAUUAGAUACAAUAAAAAACGAAAACGUAAACAUUGGGAUUGAUCAUACUAAAUCAGCCAUCACUGUUGAGGCACCUGAAGUUGUUGAACAGACUGAGUCCCUUGAUCCAUCCGAUACCACUUAUGAUCAAGUUAAAUAUUCUCUUCUAGACACAGCACAAAUACAUACCACUUGCACCAUGCUUGAAAACGAAAAUAUAAAAGAAGUCGGUUCCUCGAUUCUUGGCAUGUUAUUAGAAACGAUAGAAAAGGAAAAUGUAAACAUUGAGUUUGAUCAUACCAAAUCAGGUAUCAUUGUCGAGACACCUGAAGUUGUUGAACAAACUGAGUCUCUUUUUCCAUCUGAUACCAUUUGUGAUCAAGCUGACUAUUCUCGGCUAGACAUAGGACAAGUACAUAGCACUUGUACCAUUAUUGAAAAUGAAAAUAUAAAAGAAGUCGUUUCCACUGGUAUUGGCAUAUUACUAGAUACAAAAGAAAAUGAAAAUAUGAGUAAUGAGGUUAAUAGUACUAAAGCAACCAUCACGGUUGAGACAACCGCAGUUAUUGAACAAUAUGAAUCUCUUGUUCCGUCUAAUAUCACAUAUGAACAAGCUGAAUAUUCUGUACAAGACACACCACAAGCACUAAACACUUGCACGAUAAACGAAAAUGAAAAUGCUAAAGAAGUCGAUUCCAUUGAUUUUGGCAUAUCAUUGGAAACAAUAGAAAGGGCAAACGUAAACAUUGGAAUUGAUGAUACUAAAUCAGCCAUGACUGUUGAGGCACCUGAAGUUGUUGAACAAACUGAGUCCCUUGAUCCAUCCGAUAUCACUUAUGAUCAAACUAAAUAUUCUCUUCUAGACACAGCACAAAUACAUACCACUUGCACCAUGAUUGAAAACGAAAAUAUAAAAGAAGUCACUUCCUCGAAUGCUGGCAUAUUAUUAGAAACAAUAGAAAAGGAAAAUGCAAACAUUGACUUUAAUCAUACCAAAUCAGGUAUCAUUGUCGAGACACCUGAAGUUGUUGAACAAACUGAGGCUCUUGGUCCAUCUGAUACCACUUAUGAUCAAGCUGAAUAUUCUGUGCCAGAUAUAGCACAGGUACUUAGCACUUGUACCAUAAUUGAAAAUGAAAAUAUGUUAGAAGUCGCUUCCACUGAUGUUGGCAUAUUACUAAACACAAAUAAAAAUGUAAAUAUAAGUAAUAAGGUUAAUAGUACUAAAGCAACCAUCACGGUUGAGACAACCGCAGUUAUUGAACAAUAUGAAUCUCUUGUUCCGUCUAAUAUCACAUAUGAACAAGCUGAAUAUUCUGUACUAGACACACCACAAGCAAUAAACACUUGCACGAUAAACGAUAAUGGAAAUGCUAUAGAAGUCGAUUCCACUGAUUUUGGCAUAUUAUUAGAAACAAUAGAAAAGGAAAAUGUAAACAUUGGAAUUGAUCAUACUAAAUCAGCCAUCACUGUUGAGGCACCUGAAGUUGUUGAACAAACUGAAUCUCUUGAUGCAUCCGAUACCACUUAUGAUCAAGCUAAAUAUUCUGAGCUAGACACAGCACAUGUACAUACCACUUGCACCAUAACUGAAAAUGAAAAUAUGAAAGAAGUCGAUUCCUCUGAUGUUGGCAUACUACUAGUAAUAAAAGAAAAUGAAAAUAUAAGCAAUGAGGUUGAUAGUACUAAAGCAUCCAUUACAGUUGAGGCACUUGCAGUUAUUGAACAAUAUGAAGCUCUUGUUCCAUCUAAUAUCACAUAUGAACAAGCUGAAUAUUCUGUACUAGACGCACCACAUACAGAAAACACUUGCACAAUAACCGAAAAUGGAAAUGCUAAAGAUGUUGAUUCCACUGAUUUUGUAUUAUUAUUAGAAACAUUGGAAAAAGAAAGUGUAAACAUUGGGGUUGAUGAUACUAAAUCUGUAAUAACAUUUGUGGCACCUGAAGUUAGUGAACAAACUGAGUUUCUUGAUCCAUCCGAUACCACUUAUGAUCAAGCUAAAUAUUCUGUGCUAGACACAGCACAAUUACAUACCACUUGCACUAUAAUUGAAAAUGAAAAUACAAGAGAAGUAAAUUCCUCAGAUACUGGCACAUUAUUAGGAACAAAAGAAGAGGAAAAUGUAAUCAUUGGGAUUGAUCAUACCAAAUUAGCUAUCACUGUAGAGGCCCCUGAAGUUGUUGAAAUAACUGAAUCUCUUAUUCCAUCUGAUACCACUUAUGAUCAAGCUGAAUAUUCUGUCCUAGAUAUAUCACAGGUACAUAAUACUUGUACUUUAACUCAAAAUAAAAAUGUUGAAGAAGUCGAUUCCGCCGAGUCGAUUUCUAGUAAUAUGCGCAUAUUACUAGAAAUAUUAGGAGGGGAAAAUGUAAAAAACACGUCAGGAGAGCCAGAAAAAUUAAGAGUUGAAUGUAAACUACCGUCAGCACAACAAGUAGCUUACGAUGACGAUGGAGAAAUAAAUAACUUGAAUUUUACGUGUGAUAGCCUGUUUAAAACUGCGGCGAUUGAUUUACUUGAACAAAUUAUUGCUGCAGCUGAAACAGCAACUUUAGAUCAAACUGAAAUAAUUAAUGAAUUUAAUUUAAAAACUGAAGAUCAAACUUGCAAGCCUGAAAAAUCUGUAGCAGAUUCAUCUGCACAUAGCUCAAAUAACAUAUUAAUAACAGAAAGAGAAAGUAAGGGAACAGAAAAAAAUAAAAUCAUGAAAACAAAGGUAGAACAAAGUACCAUUUCUAUUAACGAAUCCAAAAAUAAAUUGGAAAACAAAGAAGAAGAUAUCCAUGAAGAUGCAGAAAUUAUAUCUUUAGAAAACACUGCAUCUGAUUACACCAAAGAUGUUAAAGCUUCAGCAGAUGAUUUCCAAUUGGAAACUACUGUAAUAGAUAUGAUUGAACCAAUAAAUGCAGCAGCUGAAAGAUCAACGACUGCAGAUAUUGUGCAAACCAAGUAUGAUAAUAUAACAACAGAUACUUUGAGUCAAAACAAUGAACUUGAAAUAAAUGAGAAAAUUUCUGUAAUGCCAGAAAAAAUAAAAAUUAAAUGUAAAGUUCCGUCGGUAGAAGAAGACAUAUAUGAAGAUCCCGGUGACGUGGAACUUUUCCAUGGUAAUGAUGAUAGCAAGCCAGAUAAUUUAUCAGGUGAUAUGGUUGAAUCAGUCAAAAUAACAGCUGAAAUUGCGGUGCCUAUAAUAUUUGAACAAACCGGAAGUCUUGUGUUAAAUGAUACAAAGUCUUUCCAGGAUGAAGAUGUUGUCAAAGAAACGAUGCAAAUAAGUAAUCUGAACUCUAAAAGUGAAGUUGCAAAUAUUAUUGAAGAUAUUAAUGACGGUAUCGAUAUACUGAAGUCCAAUUCAGAAUUCGAUACCUCUCGCCAAAAAAUUACAAAAGGUUCAGAUUUACAGUAUGUUGAAACUGCAGCUCCAUUAGGAGAACUCGUGAAACCAUUAGAACAAGAGUUGUCUAAAGACACUGGCACAAAAACGAAUACUGAUGAGGUUCCGUCAUGUGAUGUUGUAAAUAAAGACAUAGUAUCUACCGUGCUAAAAGAAGCAAUAAAAGUAGUAACCGCUGCAAUCCUCGAACAGCCAACGGUACCAGAUAUAACGUCAAUACAAACGGCUAACUUUUUACGUCAACUGAGUUUGGAUGAGUGCACUAUAAAUACAGAAUCACCUAAUAAUUUACAGUCGUUGCAAGAAACAUCAAUGAUUACGGAAUGUAUAAACGAGGAUGAUUUAAAAAGUGUUGAUAUCACCGGAAGCAAUGUGUUGCUCCAUACUGAGUCUUCAGUUGAAUGCAUAAACAAUAAAACAAACGAAGAAUUUCUACAUUCUCCAAAUUUCCAAAUUGCCGAGAACGAAAAUUAUUACAUAACGCCAAUUGAGUACUAUGUGGAAAGUAAUAACGUCCUUCCUUUAGAAUCGUACGUCAGUUUUGAACAAUCUGAAGAUAAGUACAAUAUAGAACCAUUAAAAUUUUCCUGUAUUGAAGAGAACAUGGCGUCAGCUGUAAUUUCAGAUAAUUAUGUAACUGAAAUCAUUGUUAAAGAAGACUUAACUAAAUUAGAUUUGACUGAUUCCCCAAUGUUCAAACACGAGCAAGUAGAUAUUUCAGAAUCAAAAAUUUAUCAUUUUGGAGAAUCGGAAAGGUUGGACCAAAGUAAUACCAAACAAUUUCCUUUAUGUGCUGAAAUCAUAGAUUCAGUUUUAAGAAAAAAGGAAACAAAGGACAAGCUCAAUAGUGAACUUCCAACAAAAAUAAAAAUUGUGUCCAGUAAAUUUCUUCAGCAUAUGGUAGAAUUUUUGUCCGAAGAAAUAACUGAAGGCAUAGAAGAAAUGUCAAAAUUGAGCGCAGCAAAUUUAAAAGAAACUGUAAGCAUAGUAAAAGAAUUAAGCGAAAACGCAAUUGUUGCUGCUAAUUCUUUAAGUAUAGAAGAAAUAAUUUCCUUAAUGCAAGAAGCAAGAAGUCCACAAGCACAACUAAUUGAACAAUUGAAUACAUCAUUAAAUACAUUACUAAUUAGUGUAUUGCAAAAUAAGGAAGAAUUAGCUGUACCUUUGUCAACUGAAACUUUACAUAAAAUAUCCGUCGCCACGAAAAAUUUACUAGAAGACAUUAGAGCUAUUGUCACAACCAUAAUAGUUGAAUCGUCACCAGUUGAUACGCUGGCGGAAUCAACUAGAGAGCAAUCUUUGAAGGAUCUAGAGAACUUGCUAAAAGAUGUCACUGAAAGAAUUGAUAUAUCUUCUGGCGAUAGGUCAGUUGAAGAUACAGAAAUACUUCAAAAUAAUUUAGAUGAGGUCCAAACAGUUAUUAUUAAAUUAAAGCGAGAUUUUGAUGGAACAGCGAAUGACACUCUCAAUGAAACUCUUGAAGAUUUAGAGUGCAGUGUGAGGAGUGUUCAACUUCAAAUUACUGAAGAUAGUCCACCAGAACUUUUAAGGGAAGCUUGUGCAACUUUGCAACUAUUAGUGAAUAAUAUGACUGAAACUCAAAAUAUUCACGUUGCAGAAAUAGUGCCUACAGUAACAAAAUCGACAGAUGUAUUAGAAAAAUGUUCCAGUGAAACGGAACAAACUGUACAACUGCUUGAAAUUGCAUCCGAUAUUGAUGUUACUGGACGUAGUCAUUUGAAUGACAUUGUGUCAAAUUUAAAUAAUCUUAGAAACACAAUGAAGUCACUGAAAAUGGGAUUCUCUGGUAAUUCUGAUACUCUUAUAGAAAAAGGGAUUGAUAUUGUAAUAAAUCUUGAUCAAAUUGAAGAAAAAGUAUUUUCUAUUGAGAAGGACAUAGAUUCGGAGCCUAAUCUUCCUCCACAUAUUAGAGAUAGUAUAGUAGCUGCUGUUCAUUCUGUUUACGGCAGUAUUUCGAAUAUGCGUGGUACCAUAUCUAGUGUUCAAAAACAGUAUAUGUUUGAAAAUUAUGGAAAACCAUCUGAAUAUCUCCUGAAAUCUAUAAAAAAUAUCAGUUUUUUGUGUAAUAGUGAAGAUGUAGAUAAAACUGCAUGGAAGCAGUUAUCAAAGUCCAUACGGAAAGUAUUGAACCAUUUUGAAGAUAUAAAAUUUUAUAUUAAUUUAGAUAAAACUGCUAGAUUACCAAGUGAUGCGGCUUUUACAAAAAUAAUUUUGGAAGAACUUAAAAGCAAAAUGGAACAAAUUUCACGAGCUGAAGAGUUAGAUUCAGAGUCCAGCCAAAUAAUUAGUGAUGCUUUGAAAUGUUUAGACUUUGAAUUAAACAUUAUUGAAACUAGAUCAUCUUUAGAAGUUAAAGAAAAAAUACCAAUAUUCAAAAAACUAUCAUCGCACGUUUUAGACGCAACUAAAUGUAUAAAUAAUAACUUAAUAAUGAAAUUGAAAAACCAGAAAAAGGUAGCUGAAACCAGCGAGAGUGGCAAAUCGGAUUUACAGUUUCCAGGUGGCUUAGAAAAAGAGAACGUAGAAAUGCGUUCUACACAAAUGAAACAUUCGAAAGCUGAAGCAGCUAACUUACAAGAUCAGCUUAUUCAUGAAGCUAUAAUAUCUGUAGCUGCUAAUGAAGAACAAUCCUUACCAAAAGAAGAGCAGUCAGUUUCAAACGUGUUAGAAAGUUACAAAGAUACAGAUGCACUGCCUUCUACUAGUAUGCAAGAAGAAGAAGCUACUGGAGCUACAGAUAGUUACAAAUAUUUAGAUGCAGUGCCUUCUACUAGUACGCAAGAAGAAGAAGCUAUCAAAGAAACUAUUUCUAAAAGUGAACCACAAAAACUGGUAAUAUUUGUGGAACCAAAUACCAUCGAAAUGAGUAUUGAGAACAAAAAAGAUCAACAUGAUCAAGAUCAAACCAUUUCGGGUAACCUAGUAACUAACAAUCAAGAAGAACUUACAGCUCAUGAGGAAUUACAUACAAGCUUAAAUGGAUUGGAUUCCAAAAAAAAAUCAGAAGUAGCUCAAUCUGCUGAUGGUAGUGAUAGCUUAGGAACGAAUAUAGUAAAAAAAUCAAAGGAUAAAGUUACAUUCGAACAAGUCCAUACUGUAGAAGAAAAUAGUGAUAGCACCUUAGAGCAUGGUUUAAUAAAAGAUUAUGAUGAACAAGUUUUUGAACAGUCAGCAAAAGACUUGAUAACUGAAAAUGCUUCUAAGCAGUUGCUGGAAUCUGAUAAAAAUAUAGUAGAAGAAACGAAAUCUCUAUCAUAUGCAGAAGAUAUUGAACAUGACAAAAAUGAACGAAAUGAUGAUAAAAUGCAAGAUAGUAAUAAUAACAAUAAUCAAGAAAAAAAUACCGCACUACCAGAAUUAAGCCUUCCAAAUGAAGAAAUAGAAAAAAAUCAAUCAAAAAGAACAACGGUAGAUGUAGCUUUUGAAAAACAAGCUAAAGAUGAAGAUAAGCCUCACGCUGAUUUACAAGAUGUUAAUAUAGAGAACAAUCAAGUAGUUUGUGUGUCUGGAGUAAUUGAACAAGUAGUACACAAAAGUUUUGAAGAGCUAUGCGAAGGUGCAGAAAAUGAUAAAACUUUGAUACAAUCAAAGGAUCAAGAAAGAGAAGUUCAAUUGCACAAAGAAGCAGAUGUCAUUGAUAAGGCAUCUCAAGAUGAAGGAUCACGAGACGAACGUGAAAAUUCUCAAAAAGACACAAUCAGGAGCAAUAUAACAAAAGACAAUGAACUACUUGUAAUAAAGAAGAAAGAAGAUAUACUUGAAACGAUCGAAAAGGAAAGAUCAAUAAAUGAAACGGAAACUCGAAAUCAAACAAUAGGGGCGACAUCACAACAGCAACAUGAACUAGCUGAAAAAGAAAAAUUCGAGAAUUUGAAACAAAUGCAUGAAGAUGCAGAUAUAACAAAAAAAGAAGAAAAUGAAAUAAGAGAAAUGGAGCAGCAAGAAGUCCCUAUACAAAGACAAAAAGAAGAGCAUGAACAAUAUCAGCAACAAAACUUACCUAAAAUGUUAGAUAUGGAGACAAGAGGGUCCAAAGAAAAAGAAACAAAAGCUUUAGAUGGGAAAAAACUAGAAAGUGAGGAAAACAAAACUCUCGUGCCAUUACAGAAAAAAGAAGAAACAUUACUUCAUAAAGAAAUAUUAUCUGCGGAAGUAAAGGAGGAUGAUGAGAAAGAAAUUCAAGAUGAAAAAGAAAUAAAAUGGCUUAAACAGGAAGAAAUAUUAACAGGAAGGGUUCAAGAAGCCGAAAAGUGUUCGGAUCAAGAAUUACCUGAGAAAGAAAAGACAAAACAUGAGGAAAAGAGACACGAAAACAGUGAAGAGACAGUGAAUAAGGCAAUGAAGGAGAAAGCAGUUCUCAUACAAAAAGAGCAAAAAGCAGAGGAAGGACCACUUCAAGAAAUACAACAACCUGAAAAAGAUAAGAACAAAAAUGAAAAAAAUCUGCAGCAAGAAAAAGAAUUAAUGGAGAUAAAAACGAAAUUAAAAACAGAAAAUGAAGGAAAAGCAGCUCUCAUGCAAAAAGAAGAUGCAGAUGAACUGCGUCAGAAACAAGAAAAAGCUGAGAAAAAUGAAAUAGAAACUGAGGAAGGAAUGCAUGGAAAAAAUGAUAUGUUAGUUAAAGAACAGAAAGAAAUAAAAGCAAAGGAGGAGCAAGAAGCUCUUAUAGAGAAACAAAAAAAAGUGGACGAACUAAGUCAAACAAAAGAAUUAGCUGUAGAAGAAGAGGGGAUGCAAAAACAAAAGGAAUUGAGUGAGGAAGAAGAAAAACAAAAAGAAGAAAAGGUAGAACAAGAAGUACUACUAGAAGUUAAAAAACAGAAAGAAGCUGAUGAAAUGCGUGUUCUACAAGAACAGGCUACGAAAGAAAAGACUGACAAAAAAAACAGGAUGCAACAAGAAAAUGAAUUGAAAGAUAUUGAAAAGAAGGAAAGAACAGAAAAGGAGGAACAAGACGAUCUUAUACAGAAACAGAAUGAAGCUGAUGAACUGGGUCAAAAUAAAGAGAAAGAAACGGUCAGGAAUGAAGAGGGGAUGCAGCAAGAAAAUGAAUCGGAAGAGAAGGAGGAGAAAGAAAAUACAGAAUUAGAAGAACAAGAAGCGUUCACAUCAAAAUCAAAAGAACUAGCUAAGAACGAACAAAGCGAUACUGAAAUGAGGUCGCAACAACAGAAGGGAUUGAAAGAGAAGGACGCGAAGGAAUCAAAUGAUAAGGAAGAACAGGAAGUUCUAAUACAGAAUCAGAAAGAAUCAGAUGAAAUGCUACAAAAACAAGAACAAGCUGAGAAAGAAAAGAUCCAAAAUAAAAAGAAAUUGCAGCAAGAAGAGAAAUUGAAAGAGAGGGAAGAGAAAGAAACAAAAGCAAAGGAAGAGCGAGAAACUCCCGCACAGAAACCCAAUGAAGCGGAAAAACUGUGUCAGAAACAAUACCAAGCUGAGAAUGAAAAGAUCGAAAAUGAAAAGAGUAUGCAGCAAGAAAAGGACAAGAUAGAGACAAGAGAAAAGGAAGAACAAGAACCUCUUGUACAGAAACAGAAAGAAGCGGAUGAUUGGCGUGAGAGACAAACUGAGAAAGAAAAGAUCGAAAAUGAAAAAAGGUUGCAGCAAGAACAUGAAUUGAAAGAGAAGGAAGAGAAAGAAACAGAAGAAAAGGAAGUACAAGAAGUACUUAUGCAAAAACAGAAAGAAACCGAUGAAUUACGUCAAAAACAAGAGCAGGAAAAAGCUGAGGAAGAAAAAAUCGAUAAUGAAAAAAGGUUUGAACAAGAAAUGGAAUUGAAAGAGAAGGUCGAACAAGAAACACGGGAAAAACAAGAACAAGAAGUACUCACACAUAAACAGAAAGAAGCUGAUAUGCUGCAAAAACAAGAACAAGCUGAAGAAAAAAAGGUCGAAAAUGAAAAAAAGAUGAAGCAAGAAUUAAAAAAGAAGGAAGAGAAAGAUAAAAUAGAAAAGGAAGAGCAAGAAGCUGUCAAACAGAAACGGAAAGAAGCGGAUGAACUGCGUCAGAAACAAGAACAAGCUAAGAAUGAAAAGAUCGAAAAUGAAAAGAGGUUGCAGCAAGAAAAUGAAUUGAAAGGGAAGGAAGAGAAAGGAACAGAAGAAAAGGAAGUACAAGAAGCACUUAUGCAAAAACAGAAAGAAACUGAUGAAUUGCGUCAAAUACAAGAACUAGCUGAGAAAGAAAAGAUCGAUAAUGAAAAAAGGUUUGAACAAGAAAAGGAAUUAAAAGAGAAGGUAGAAUAUGAAACACGGGAAAAAAUAGAACAUGGAGUUAUCAUACAGAAACAGAAAGAUGCUGAUGAUCUGUUGCAAAAACAAGAACAAGCUGAAAAAGAAAAGAUCGUAAAUGAAAAUAAGACGAAGAAAGAAAAGAAUAUAAGAAAGAAAGAAGAGAAAGAAAAACGAGAUAAGGAAGAGCAGGAAGCCCUCAUACAUAAACAGAAAGAAGCGAAUGAACUGCGUCAGAAACAAGAACAAGCUAAUAAAGAAAAGAUCGAAAAUGAAAAGAGGUUGCAGCAAAAUAAUAUAUUAGAUGAGAAUGAAACAGCAGAAAAAGAAGAACAAGAAACUCUAAUGCGAAAACAGAAAGAAACGGAUGAACUCCGACAGAAACAUGAACAAACUGAGAAAGAAAAUAUAGAAAACGAAAAGAUGUUGCAGCAAAAGGAGUUGAUGAAGGAAGAAGAGAAAGUAAAGAGAGAACAGGACGAACAAAAAACUCUCAUACAGAAACAGAAAGAAGCGGAUGACGUGUGCCAGAAACAAGAACAAGCUGAGGAAGAAAAGAUAGGAAAUGAAAAGAAGUUGCAGCAAGACGAGGAAUCGAAAACGAAAGAAGAGAAAGAAAAGAGAGAAAAGGAAGAACAAGAAGCUCUCAUACAGAAUCAAAAAGAAGUGAAUGACGUGCGUCAGAAACAAGAACAAGCGGGAAAAGUAAGGAUUAAAAAUGAAAAGAGUUUGCAGCAAGAAAAUGAAUUGAAAGAAAAGGAAGACAAAGAUAAGAGAGAAAAAGAAGAGCAGGAAACACUCAAACAAAAACAGAAAGAAGCUGAUGAACUGCGUCAGAAACAAGAACAAAACGAAAAAGAGAAAAUUGAACAUGAAAAGAGAUUACAGCAAGAAAAGGAGGAGGACGAGAAAGAAAAAAGAGAAAAAGAAGAUCAAGAAGCUCUCAUACAGAAACAGAAAGAAUCUGAUGACCUACGUCAGCAACAAGAACAAGCUGAGAAAGAUAAGAUUGAAAAUGAAAAGAAGCUGAAGCAAGAGAAAAAAAUUAAAAAGAAAGAAGAGAAAGAAAAUAGAGAAAAGCAAGAGCAAGAAGCUCUCAUACAUAAACAGAAAGAAGCGGAUGAACUGCGUAAGAAACAAGAACAAGCUGAAAAAGAAAAGAUAUUGCAGCAAGAAAAGGAAUUAAAAGAGAAGGAAAAGAACGAAAAAACAGAAAAGAAAGAGCAAGAAGCUCUCAUACAGAAACAGAAAGAAGCUGAUAAACUGCGUCAGAAACAAGAACAAGACGAAAAAGAGAAAAUUGAACAUGAAAAGAGAUUACAGAAAGAAAUGGAGGAGGACGAGAAAGAAAAAAGAGAAAAAGAAGACGAAGAAGCUCUCAUACAGAAACAGAAAGAAUCUGAUGACCUACGUCAGCAACAAGAACAAGCUGAGAAAGAAAAGAUUGAAAAUGAGAAGAAACUGAAGCAAGAGAAGAAAUUGAAAAAGAAGGAAGAGAAAGAAAAUACAGAAAAGGAAGAGCAAGAAGCUCUAAUACAGAAACAGAAAGAAGCUGAUGAACUUCGUCAGAAACAAGACCAAGAUGAAAAGGAAAAACUUGAACAUGAAAAGAGAUUACAACAAGAAAAGGAGGAGGAAGAGAAAGAAAAAAAAGAAAAGGAUGAUCAAGAAGCUCUCAUACAGAAACAGAAAGAAUCGGAUGACCUGCGUCAGAAACAAGAACAAGCUGAGAAAGAAAAGAUUGGAAAUGAAAAGAAGCUGAAGCAAGAGAAAAAAAUUAAAAAGAAAGAAGAGAAAGAAAAUACAGAAAAGGAAGAGCAAGAAGUUCUCAUACAGAAACAGAAAGAAGCGGAUGAACUGCGUAAGAAACAAGAACAAGCUGAAAAAGAAAAGAUGUUGCAGCAAGAAAAGGAAUUAAAGGAGAAGGAAAAGAACGAAAAAACAGAAAAGGGGGAACAAGAAGCUCUAAUACAGAAACAGAAAGAAGCUGAUAAACUGCGUCAGAAACAAGAACAGGGUGAAAAAGAAAAAAGUGAAUAUGAAAAGAGAUUACAACAAGAAAAGGAGGAGGAAGAGAAAGAAAAAAAAGAAAAGGAUGAUCAAGAAGCUCUCAUACAGAAACAGAAAGAAUCAGAUGACCUGCGUCAGAAACAAGAACAAGCUGAGAAAGAAAAGAUUGAAAAUGAGAAGAAACUGAAGCAAGAGAAGAAAUUGAAAAAGAAGGAAGAGAAAGAAAAUACAGAAAAGGAAGAGCAAGAAGCUCUAAUACAGAAACAGAAAGAAGCUGAUGAUUUGCGUCAGAAACAGGAACAAGAUGAAAAAGUAAAAAUUGAACAUGAAAAGAGAUUACAGCAAGAAAAUGAAUUGAAAGUAAAGGAAGAGAAAGAAAAGGAAGAGCAAAAAUUUCUCAACCUAAAACAGAAAGAAUCGGAUGACCUGCGUCAGAAACAAGAACAAGCUGAGAAAGAAAAAAUUGAAAAUGAAAAGAAACUGAAGCAAGAAAAGAAAUUGAAAAAGAAGGAAGAGAAAGAAAAUAGAGUAAAGACAGAGAAAGAAGCUCUAAUACAGAAACAGAAAGAAACUGAUGAACUGCGUCAGAAUCAAGAACAAGAUGAAAAAGAAAAGAUUGAACUUAAGGACAGAUUACAGCAAGAAAAGGAGGAGGAGGCGAAAGAAAAAAAAGAAAAGGCUGAUCAAGAAGCUCUCAUACAGAAACAGAAAGAAUCGGAUGACCUGCGUCAGAAACAAGAACAAGCUGAGAAAGAAAAGAUUGAAAAUGAGAAGAAACUGAAGCAAGAGAAGAAAUUGAAAAAGAAGGAAGAGAAAGAAAAUACAGAAAAGGAAGAGCAAGAAGCUCUAAUACAGAAACAGAAAGAAGCUGAUGAUUUGCGUCAGAAACAAGAACAAAAUGAAAAAGUAAAAAUGGAACAUGAAAAGAGAUUACUGCAAGAAAAGGAGGAGGAAGAGAAAGAAAAAAGAGAAAAGGAAGAUAAAGAAGCUCUCAUACAGAAACAAAAAGAAGCGGAUGACCUGAAUCAGAAACAAGAACAAGCUGAGAAAGAAAAGAUUGAAAAUGAAAAGAAGCUAAAGCAAGAGAAAAAAAAUAAAAAGAAAGAAGAAAAAGAAAAUAGAGAAAAGGAAGAGCAAGAAGCUCUCAUUCUGAAACAGAAAGAAGCGGAUGAACUUCGUAAGAAACAAGAACAAGCUGAAAAAGAAAAGAUGUUGCAGCAAGAAAAAGAAUUAAAGGAGAAGGAAAAGAACGAAAAAACAGAAAAGGAAGAACAAGAAGCUCUCACACACAAACAUAAAAAAGCGGAUGAACUACGUCAAAAACAAGAACAGGUUGGGAAAGAAAAUAUUGAUAAUGAAGAAAAGAGGUGGAGUGAAGAAAACAAGAAAGCCAAGGAAGAACAAGAAAUAACAGAAACAUUUUUGCAAAAAGAAGACUCGGGUGAAGGAACGUUGGAGAAAGUGAAGAAAGAUAAAAAAAGGGCUGUAAGCAAAGAAAAGGAAGAAAACGUGACUACGCAAAAAUCCGAGCAAGAGGCACUUUCAGGGGAACAAAAAAUAAAAGCAUCACAACAGCAAACCAAUGAAAGGGAAGAAGAAGAAUUCUGGAAAUUCAAAACAGAUACAAAAUCAAUAGAAAAACGCUUAGAAGAUGACAGCGAAAACUCAAUAAUCAAACGAAGAGUUAAAGAAUGUACUACAGAAUCUGAAAGAAAGAAUUCAUUACGAAAUUUUGGGCAGCAAGAAGAAGUAUCUGGUGUAUCUACACAGCACCAUAUCAAAGAAUACCAUUACGAACCCACGGGGCGGAAUAAUCCUGAUGAUAAGGAAAAACCGAAAUUUAUCGACCACAGUCAUCGAGAUUACACAAUGGAGUUUGUUCGACCUUCGGGAUACAGAGAACGAUCUUUUGAUAUGGAUAAUUUUGCACCUGACAGAGAAAGAAAUGACAGAAGUCCUGCUUAUAUAAAAGCUAGUUCCCUUAAGUUGGAUGCACAACUACGAUCGUCAUUGCCCCCUCAAGUUAGCAAAAUCAAUGAACCCACAGAACGUAGAUCAGAAGCUAGAUUGCGAUCAAAAGCCUUGAGUGAAGCUAGAAGUAUUACUUCUGAGAAAAGAAGUAGUGUUUCGCGCGAUAUAAAGAGAAAGCCUGUGUUUUCAACCUAUCUCACGGACAGAACUGCUGUGGAAGGAUCCAGGGUGAAGUUAACAUGUAGCGUGUUGUCGUCGAGUGACCCAACAGUGACUUGGUACCGAAAUGGUGUGCUGUUAGACAAUAAACUGAAGUACAGAACUAAAAUGGUCGACGGCUUGAUCACGUUGGAAGUCUUUAAUGCUGUUCCCAGUGAUUCUGCCGAAUACAGCUGUACAGUAGAGAACGAGAAUGGUUCCGUGAAUACGUCAGCUAACCUUAAAGUUUAUCCUAGUUUCGAAGCAUCUCCUAUACCUCCCACGUUCACACGUUCCAUACGAGAUACGUAUCACCUUGCCGAAAAUGAAUUAGUCCUGGAGUGUCGUAUCCGUGGUCAACCUCUACCCACAAUAACGUGGCUGAAAGAUGACAAACCAGUUAGUACUGAUGAAAGAUUCCAAGCUUACUACCUCGCCGAUGGCGUAUGUAGACUCGCCAUCUCGCAUCCCACUCAAGAGGAUAGCGGCAAAUACGCUUGUAAAGCUGAAAACUCGGUAUGGUCAGAUCAAAUAACGCACGUCGUCAACUUUACAGGUAGAGAAAGCCGCCUGAGUCCUAACUUAACUACCGUCGAAAAAUCUCGACAAUCACGGCAAUCGUUAGAAUCUCGGAAACCCCAUUUCGGCAAUGUCCUGACUGAUUACAAUGUCUCGAGAGGCGGCACGAUUGGUCUGCAAGUUGAAAUUCAAGGAUCACCAACUAGAGUCGAGUGGCUGCGCGAAGGUCGUUCUGUGACUGCUAUCUAUUCUAACGCAAGGACCAUGGUCGAGCAAGGAUUAUACACGCUCGCAUUGUCGGAUGUCACAGAAAAAGAGUCUGGCAUGUACACUUGCAGAGCCUUCAGCAGUCAUGGCAUUGUUGACAUGAACGCAGCUAUAACUGUAGUCCAACCAAAUGAGUUGGACGGCAAGCCCGCUAUUAUAGUCGGAAGACCAGAAAAGGAUGUUCUGAUAUCUAUAGGCGAAGACCUUAAUAUAUCGUUCCGGGUUCAAGGUGACCCAAAGCCAAAGGUGAUAUUUAUGAAAGGUAUUCGAGAUAUUACAAACAGCCAGCGAGUCUGCAAGAUGACUUCGGAUGAUUACAUGAAGUUCACAGUUAAAAGAUCAGUUAUAUCUGAUGCUGGGACAUACUGCAUUCUUGCGAGAAACGCAUAUGGUUGUGAUAGAGCUUUUGUGACUGUUGUGAUCAGACAAAGAGCUUCUUCCGACAACUUGAUUACGGACUGGACAUAUCCAACUGAUGAAUCCUCUUUAAGCAUCGCCGAAAGGAAAUACAAAUCUGUGCCCGAUCGCAUCCCGGGCGAACCGAGCGUCGUCGACGGUGGAAAUAACUGGGCCUCUCUCUCGUGGCCGAAGCCUGACUCCAGCUCGGCGGCACCAGUCCUCGCAUACAAGGUCGAGAGCUGGCUGGUGGGCAAGGAAGGAGGCGCUCGCUGGACCGAAUUAGGCAUCACACCACUCAACUCUUUCGACGUCUUCAAUCUCAAGCAAGGGGAAGAAUACCACUUUAGGGUAACACCUCGAAACAGAUACGGUUGGGGUGAAUCAGUCCAAACUUCUACAUCUAUCGGGGUCGGAUUGGCUGGCGACAGGCCGGAGUUUGUAGACACUUUGCCCGGGCAAUUGAAAGUGUUGAUCGGGCAGACUGCGAGCUUGAGUUGCAGCGUUAAAGGGAAGCCGGCUCCAGAAGUGAUUUGGAUGAAGAACGGUCAUGAGGUCGAGGAUGACAGGAGGGUGAAGAGUUCCUUCAACGGCUAUGAUUGCAACCUGACUAUUGAAGACAUCGCUGUAGAGGAUGAGGCGCGGUAUAGUUGUGAAGCGAGCAAUGCGCACGGCCGGGCGUCUACUUAUGCCAGACUAGCUGUCGUCACUGAUAGAUUGAUUUGGGAAGCGGAUGCAAAGCUCAAAAGGGAACGAUCAGCGGAUGUUUUGGGAGAGUAUCCCCCCCAAUUUACGAUGAGGUUGCGCGACCGACGGGUGCAGGCGACGUAUCCGGUACGACUGACAUGCCAGGUGGUGGGAAGUCCUCCUCCCAACGUCACUUGGUUCAAGGACGGCCAACAGAUCGCUAUGGACGGUCGCCACACCAGCUCGCAGGACGAGCACUUCCAUACUCUUGAGAUCGCGCCAACCACCCUGGAAGACGGAGGCGUGUAUGAGGCCAUGGCCAGGAACAGCAGCGGCGCCAUCAGCUGCCACUGCAGCCUGGUGGUGGACAAGGGUAUCAGGGCGUACGUGGCCCCAGAGUUCUGCUGCGGCCUGGAACCACUGUACAGGUUACAUGAGGGUGACGAAUUGAGGAUAUCGGCAGUAGUGGAAGCGUACCCCUCCGUAGGGGUGACAUGGUACAGAGACGGAGUGAGACUGAGGCCGAGUCGUCGUGCCAUCAUGACCCUGGAUCGCGACGGUCAAACAGAACUAGCUUUGGCUUCCGUUACUCCUCGUGAUGCUGGCGUGUAUUCCUGCACCGCUUCUAACGAGGUUGGGAGAGCUACCACGUCAGGAAAGGUGGAGGUCAUCGGCGAUGGAGUCAGCUCAGAGAAGAAGAUGACCCUGCCAGUUCUGAUCAGCCCAGAUGUACCAUACUCCAAGGAGCCGAUGUUCGUUAGGAAGCCAAGGUCCAGCGAGGCCCGGGAAGGUGACAUGGUCAUCAUUCAGUGUGAAGUGGUGGGAGACCCGAAGCCUGACGUCUACUGGCUGAGGGACUUCCUGAAGCCUGAUUACUACCGUGACGCGAGUCACUUCAAGCGAGUCGGCGACGGACCUGAAUACCGGUUUGAGAUUCCUCACGCAAAGCUGGACUACACCGGCGCCUACUCUGUGGUCGCCAAGAAUGUGCACGGAGAGGCGAAGGCUAUCAUAUCCCUGCAGAUCCUGGCUAAAGAUAUCAGCUCUACGGAAGAGCAUAACAUAAGUUAUGGGCGGGUGGACGUAAUCCCCCGAUUCGAGCGGGAGCUAACGGACCUGCUAUGCCACGACGGCGACGCGGUGGAGUUUGAGUGCCGCGUCUCCGGCGACCCGGAACCGGACAUCCGGUGGUUCCACUACACAGAGUUUAUUCGCGAAUGUCCUGACUUCGAAUGGUCAUACGAAGACGGCGCCGCCCGGUUUAAGAUUAAACAAGUGACGGCUGAAGAUGAAGGCACUUACCUCUGCGAAGCCUCCAACUGCCUCGGGAAGGCCACGUCCACCGCCUGCCUUGUGGUGUACCCGCCGGGCGAGCCUAAUACCCUGAGCCAGCGGUUGCGUCGCCCACCGGCGCUUCUGUCUGCGACUUCCACGCCCCGCUCCACGCCGCGAACCACGCCCGCGCGCUCCGUAUCAAGAACACCAGGUCCGGACGUUAGACGGCUAUGCAGCCCAUCACGCCAAAUGGCGCCCAAGUUCUACACUUACCCAUUCAACAAGGUGGUGGAGGAAGGUGACCACGUCGUGUUCCAGUGCGCGGUGCGAGGCCUGCCCGCGCCGUGGGCCACGUGGGACAAGGACGGAGUGAUCAUCACGCCCUCCUCCCGCAUAACCAUCAAGGAGAAGGACGAGAUUCUGCGGAUCCUAGAGAUUGAACAAGUGACGAUCGAUGAUGUGGGACUCUACAGGAUCACGCUCGAGAACGACUUCGGAAGAUGCCUCGCCCAGGAGGGCCCACAGGAGGCUGCCCUCCCUCACAAGACAAGACUGAUGAACAACGCAACACGAGAUUCAGAAGCUGGUGUACUAAUUAAGAAGGAAACGACGCACCCUAGUGAUUUAUUUAUUUGCAGUAAUUAA